AUGCAUUUCUCGUCCGGUAUCAUCUCGCUGCUUCUAGCACCCGUGGCAAUCGCUGCUCCGCAAGCAAUUGACUACGGCCCUUGCGACAUCAACGGCAAUGACUAUUGCAAAGAGAUAAUGGACAACACGGCCUGCUUCCUCAACCCAAAGGGAGCCGAAGAGAUCUUCAAGUGCAUCUCGGGUGGGAGAAUCGGAGUGUGCCAAUGCUAUGGCUGUUUAGGGUAUACUCCUGUUGGCGAGGUCAUAUCGAAGUCCAGCGCAUGCGAAGGCGUACCAACGGACACCUCGCCUGUCAAGCUGACUCCUCCGGUGACGCCAGCCCCGACACCAGGGCCCUAA